AUGAGCUGCCGACGGUCCCGUUUCACUCUCUCGCCGUCGAUAUCAUGUCUACUGCUGCUGCUGCUGCUCUUCUUCUCUACUGUCUCUGUCACUCGUGCCCAGAGUCUGUCGGCUGUCACGGUCCUUCCGUCCAAUAACUCGCAGGAUCUUGUCUGGACGGGGAUCCUUCGAUUCAACUUGCGCAGCACACAGGUUGAGCUUCCGUCAGUGGUCGAUUUGGCACCUUUGACCCGGUCGCUCGUCGCCUCCGACCAGAGUAGCUUCACAAAGUUCGGCGUCACAGGAGAUCUAGUGAAUGUCGAUGCCUCCAAUUCCGCAAAUCUGAAGAGUGGUCAAAUCGCGUAUAUCAGUUGUGAUAAUUCCGCCUACCCUGGAAAUAUAGGCCCUGGCGCGACCGUCGCGAACGUGAUCACAUCCCACCAAGCCGCUGCCAUCCUGCUGUAUAGUUCCCAGUCGAACCACUGCAACUUCACCGCGGAUGCCUCCUUGCCCUCCUAUCAGAACAUCUUCACAGUCUUGAUCUCGGACAGCAGCCUCCAGAUCAAGCAACACAUUGAUUCAGGGAAUAGUAGUGGCUCGACCAGUAUAGUGCCGGACAUGUCGACGGUCAGCACGGCUCAGCCGUCCGGCGGCUCUGGGGACAACGGGGAUACUGGAAGCCCCAAUAAUGCCAUGAUAAUCCUCUAUAGUAUCACCGGAGUCAUCACCGCACUCUUCCUAUGCAUCAUCAUCACCGGAGCCGUUCGUGCCCAUCGACAUCCCGAGCGAUAUGGCCCUAGAAGGACGGCAGGUCGACCACGGCAGAGCAGAGCACGAGGCAUAGCACGGGCUAUGCUGGAAACGAUACCCAUAGUCAAGUUUGGUGAUCCUUACGAGGCAUCUGAUCCCGCCAAAGCAGAUAUCGAAAUGGCAUCGGGCAGUGAAGAGGAGGGAGGAGACGCUUCUCCGGAAGGAAGGAAAUCUGCUUCGGGUCAGGAAGCUAUCGAGAUGACUGGAUCCGGUGCGGAUGCGACGAAGUCGACUGAUGUGGAGAAGGCGCCUCAGGCCGCCGCCAAAACGACCGGCUCCUCUGGCCCAGAACAGAACGCCCAGGAAUCUGGGAACUAUUCCUGCCCGAUCUGUACGGAUGAUUUUGUUAAAGGACAAGAUCUGCGAGUGUUGCCUUGUAACCAUCAAUUCCACCCCGAAUGUGUUGAUCCGUGGCUCGUCAAUGUGUCUGGAACCUGUCCGCUCUGCCGUAUCGAUCUCAACCCUGCACAGGCUGAGGAAGAUGGCCCGGAAACAGAACACGGGGACAACGCGGCUCCUGUGGACCAUCAGGGCGCCGAGCAAGCAGCAGAUGUCCCGAACACGCGACACAAUCGCUUGUCCUCAUACUUCCACAAUACGCUGAAUGUCCGACGGAUGCGAGAGGCGUCCGUAGAGGAGCGGAUUGCUACGUUACGACGGUUCCGACAGGCCAACCGUGACAGUGCAAAUGCUGAGACUGCGGAAGAGACGGAAAACCGACGAAACUGGCUCACGUCUCCACUCCGUGAUCGAUUCAGAAUACGAACGAGGCAACAUGAUGGGCCAUCUACUGCACCAGCAUCAGAAUCUUGA